CAAGAUGGAAGUUUGUUUCCCCUGUGUGAGGUGAGGUAUCAUACAAUAUCAAUGGAGACCGUGCCAAAAGAUUUACGUGGCUUAAGAGCGUGUUUGGUAUGCUCUUUAAUCAAGACCUUUGAUCAAUUCGAAUUUGAUGGUUGUGAUAAUUGUGAUGAUUUUCUUCGUAUGAAGAACAAUAAGGAUAAUGUUUUUGACUGCACGAGUUCCAACUUUGAUGGAGUGAUCGCAUUAAUGAGUCCAGAAGAUAGUUGGGUGUCCAAGUGGCAAAGAAUAAAUCGUUUUUGUAAGGGCGUCUACGCCAUAUCAGUAUCAGGACGAUUACCAGCUGGUGUCAUCAGAGAGAUGAAGAGCAGAGGAAUAGUAUAUAGGCCGCGCGACACAAGUCAACGUUAAUGAUAUAGAAAUUUCUAUUUAAGAUGUAAAUAUUGAACUUUUUUUAAUACUGCAUUAGAUCAAUUGAAAUA